AGCAGUUUAAUAUGGCUAGCGACUUCGUAGGGUACCUCGUGUACCUACGAAAAAUGAAAUAUUCAUCUGUUUAUUCAAUUCCUAUCAUGAUAGUAGACUGGACAUUUUGAGAAUUGAAUUUUACGGGAAGUGGGCAUUUGGGGAAUUGGAUAUUCUGAAGUGAAUUGACAUGAAUGUUUGUAAUAUCAGCAGUAACAGUGCUUUGAGCCCGCUAUUCUCUGAGGGGGGUAGUUCCGGGCAGGGCACGUGGACGGAGCAGGCGCCGGCGCCGCCGCCUUCAUACAAUCAACGUACCGCCGACAAGAUGAGAGCCGAUGAAAGCCUAGGUUCUGCAGCAACCAUAUCGGCAGUACUGUACGCAAACACCAAUCAUCCUGAAUGGAAGACAGAGUUCCCCAAUUGGGUAGAUAGAUGUAAACAGAUUCUUAAAAAAUGGCGGGCACUACCCUCCGAACAAAAAGCUCCAUAUUUGCAACGAGCGAGAGACAAUAGAAGCGCUAUUCGUAUGAAGAAGGCUCAGCAGGAGCAGGAACGAUCAUGUGGCCAGCAGCGUAGCGCCCGCGAGGCGGAGCAAGAGCGUCAAUGGAAACAUCUGCAGCAGCAGCGGCAGCAACAGACUCAGCAGCAGCAGCAAAUCAUACACGACCAACGUAUGCAAGGCGCGUGUGUUUCCCAAGCAGCGAUCUCGCGACUGCGUGUGCCAGAGGGCGGGUCUCCGACGGCGGCGUCCCCCGCGGCGGGCCCCGCCUCCUCCCCCGCCCCCACGCCCGCUCCCGCCCCUGCCCCCGAGGCGCCCCGCAGCGCGUUCCCCGCGCAACGGUUCCCGCUGCACUAUGGAACCAGCGAUGAUAUCAACCGGCAGCUAAGGGACCUGUUGCAGCGACACCCAGAGAAAAUAUGGCCGCCGCGUGAGUCACACUAUUGCGUCUAAUGAUUAUGCACUUUC